AUGGCGUAUCAGACCCAUUGGCCGAACAAGUACUACUUCUAUCCAUUUGGCAAUACUUCCGCCGUUUGCCUCACGCGCGACCUCCCUCCUCGCGAACCGGCGUCCCUAUUGCUUUUAGGCUGCGGGGACCCCAGGAACGUGCUGUAUACAGUCUUCUGCGAAGGUGAUGCUGCGCGUGGGCUGGACUUUACUUGCUGCGAUUGGGACCCAGGAGUACUCGCGCGUAACGUCUUGCUGCUCUCCCUGAUAUCGGAUGACAAGCCUCAAGAUCAACUUUGGAGUAUCUUCUUCCACAUCUACCUCGACAAGGGGUCCAAUGCCCUUCUCCAAUCACAAUGUCGUCAGUUAAUCGCGCUGGCGGAGUCACUCGACACCUGGAGAGUCUCAAAAUAUGGCGCCUCGAUACGUUUCAGCACCGACCACACACUUGCAGAGUUACGCCGCUUCUGGCAGCUCUACGCCGACAUGGGCGAGUUGCCCAAACCGCGAUACGAUGCGCUCGUCACCAAAUUCCGCGCACAUCACAAGAGCAUACGAUCGCAGCAAAAUGGCGUGCAUGUACCGCAUUCGGCUGGUCCGCUCGGCGCGUUUGCCUCGGACAUAUGUGCAACUAUACUCAACAGGUAUUGGGAGAAAGGCACGCUCGCGAAUGACGUCGAAGCGCGCUCGGCCAACAUUGCGAACCCCACCUUCGUGUUCUCGCGCGGAGAGGACGCAACAGCGGUCCACUACGGCCUAGAUCCGAUAGCGCCGUUCCAUCUGGCCGCUGUUUUCGGCAACGCACCGAACAACAGGCCCCCGCCGGAAGAUGUCGUGCGCGAUGUUAAGGAACAGUUUGCUGCGUGGUGCUCAGCAUACCGCACUGCGAGCGCACGCGCUAAUCCACCUGUCAUUCGAUUACAUGUGGGGGAUGCCUUGGCCUUGUCGAGCGCGCUGCGCGUCCUGAAAGAGACCGGGACGCUUGAUACAGGAGUGCCGCAUGCACAAUGGUCCGCCGAGCGGAUUUGUCUGAACGCGGCAGAUUAUAGGGAUGGCGACGCGCCCACGUCCUUUAACGUUGUCGAUACAUCCAACCUCACUGAUCACAUCGGGCUGCUCAACAUUCUCUCUUCCACAACACCACUCCUCGCUUCUCCGUGCGGCGUUCUGUACACGGAGACCCUUCUCUUCGACGUGAGCAGCGACCCGGCUAAAUACGUUUCGUCAUUACUUGUCGGAGACCUCCCGACGAUGGCUGUGAUGAUGGACCUGUGCCCGGUCGAUUAUCUGUCUGGUUUCACAAGUCGGUCGUUCGUAGACGGCAUCCUCGCUCUGAGCUCAAUGCGGGCACAUGACGCAGAUGGGAUGCCCCGUCAACUGCAGCAAGGGUUGACCUGGAAACGACCUGCCUCAGGAGAUGCUCUCGCGGUCGGCGCCUCGUCCUUGAUCGUUGAGGACGGAAAACUAGCGACCGUAUUGUACCAGCUGUAUCAAGCGCUUUUCAGCAAAUAUGAGAUCAAGGCGCUCAUGAACCGAACUGCGCAACAGUCGAGCUCCGUCACCGAACACUACACUCGCGAGUCCUUUGCGCUCUUCACCAAACUCGUUUGUGAUAGGCUUGAAUUCGAUCCCGCGCGCCGGCAUAAAGUCAUCGAUUUAUUCCUUGACCUCCAGACACCGGAUUUGGACCACAACCCCAUCGAUGCGCUUUAUGUACAGGACUUGUAUCUGCAACUCUACCGCCAUGGGCUCUAUACUGUCGAUGUCUUCAAGAUGCCGAACCCUCGAACGGCACGAUUUGCCAGAUGGUCCAGCGUACCGGAUCUCGUGCGCCUCACACUCGUGGUGCCUCGCUCCAAGCUCGACGUGUUGAAUGGCGCGUCGAGUGGGAAUAAUCCGACUCCUCCCAUCGAGUGCCAGAUCUUGACGCCGCGCAGUAACUCCAUCUUCUCUUCCAUCCAUCUCGUAUACGGUCAAAUCUCCAAUGGCGGCACACCAACUGCACCAAUUCCAUCAAUUCGUGCCGAUUCGUCAGGGUCGAAAGGCAAGGACCCGCUACUCGUGUCGUUCGUUAUCUCGACGCGGCUUUUGACCGUGCUCAACAAAGCGGAAGACGUACGCGUGUGCUUCACACUUCGCGCAACGCCGGUUACCACCAAGCUUCUCUUCAAACUUGGGCCCAGAUUGAUGAUACACGAGGCCAGCUUUAUGGACGAGGCGCAGGUUUUCGUGUUCCCUGAGGAAACAAGGCAUAGUCCUCGACCGCCCUUCAGUACGCGCACGCCAGAGAGCCGAACAGCUCUUGAAUCCAGCCCUCUGCAGGAACUUGGACAGUCCUCUACCGCCUCUGCGCAGAUAGACGAGAUGGCAAAGCGUAUCACGGCGCUCACAUGCCGAGUGUCCGUCACUGUGGAAGAAGCAAAGACGAUCUUGCAGUCCUCCAAGUCAAUUCCAGAUAUCACUCAAGUUGCGCCCUGUGUUCUGCGCGUCGAUUUCGCCGAUCGCCGUCAGGAUGUUGUGUUCCCAUUUCCCGUUGUGGGCUCGCAGCACAAGAUCAAGAUGGCGCGCAAAUCGUCGUACGUCGAGGUGGUGGCGCCUUUAUCUGGAGGCUUACGGCCAGACGGUAUGGCUAUAGACCGCUUCGCAGUCGCUCGCUCGCCGACCACCAACAAGCCCUAUCCGUGGAACAUUCAUCGCAUUGGCCUGACCGCGCUGCCGGUUGUCAACACCACUCAAAGUUCGGCGUCAAUCUGGGCUUGGUUGAACUCUCACGUCAGCCUCGCGUUGUCAGCGCGAGAGCUCGAUUUACGCUCACGGAAGGCCCAUAACGCGUUGAUGUCUAUCAAGGACACCAUGCACUCUCUUUACUACCAUGCCAGUGGCGCGAAAGGUCCCCCGAAGCAUAUCUUCCAGCUCAUGGACGGCGACUACUGCGACAUGGUUCUCUUCGUCGAUAAGCUGCGAUACGAUCUAGCCUCAUACACCGUUGUUUGCGACGCCUUCUUCAUGCAUCUUCACCCGUCUGUGAAUGAUACCAUCACGGCGGGUAUGGGGGAUAUCUUGCGAUCUGGUGGUGAAGAGGUCGUCCAUGUCAAGAUAUACGAUGGCGAGCCCGAACUGUGGAAGCGACUCAUGCCAGCCUUUGCCGAGCGUUGUCGGACGUGGGAACAUACGGCCAACUGCGAAUACGUAACUCAGAAGCGCAUACCGCUCAGCACCGAGAGGGAGUGUAAUCCGCUCUGUGCUUGUGGACGUGGUCAAGGCAUCGAAGACAGUAGCGUUAUGGCACGUCCGGCCUGGAAGAAGCUCGUCCCGCUUGUUACCCGCAUAGCCAUCAGCCCGCUCUUCUCAGUUCCAUACCUCGAACCGCUUCGUGAUCUCUCUACGUCGACACCUGCAGGCGGCAAAGAUCUGGCAACCAAAUGUGCACGAUGCUCGAAAACUGGUGGAAAAGACGGCGGGGCUCUCAAAACCUGUUCGAGGUGUCACGUUUACAAGUACUGCUCAGCGGAAUGCCAGCGUGCAGACUGGAAGACGCAUAAGAUGUCGUGCCGGCCGACCGCAUCCAAGUCUUGA